AACCGCCAUAAAACAGUAAAGAAGAAGACUCUUGUUGGAUGUGAGCGCGGAAUUUAUUCUAUGAACAAAUAUAUACAUAUCACGUGUGAGGUUUGCUGUUGAUCUGUGGACCGAUAAGAUAUGCAUUUUGAGAGCAGAGGAGUUUUCAUGGCUGCGCCUGCUCUACAACAGCCCAGUUUCCUUCUGGCCAAUUUAAAAGCAGACUGGACCAAUAAACCUCUUCUUCAAAGGUGUCACGAGUUGGUCAAAAUAAUAGAUGAUUACCCUGCUAAGGAGCUGCAUGGAAUUUUUCCCUGGUUGGUGGAGAGUGUGUUUGGAAGUCUGGAUGGAAUCCUUACUGGCUGGAAUCUUAGAUUUUUGCAUGCCCGCUCAACUGAGUACAACAUCGUCAUGGACUUCCUGGAUCCAAGUGGCCUGAUGAUGAAAUUAGUGUACAAACUACAAGCUGAGGAGUACAAAUAUGAGUUUCCAGUCAGUUAUCUGCCGGGUCCUAUUAAGUCAUCCAUUCAGGCCGGAGUUCUUCCAGAUUGCCCUCUGUUUCAUAAUAAAAUUCAGUUCCCAAUGUCAGGCCUUCUAUUACUCAAUCCUUUUGAAUAUUAUAUGUUCAACUUUGCCUCCAGUCUCAAUGCACCAAAGAACUACCCCCCAGGGCCACAUAGCAGUUGCUCAGACAGUGCAUACUUUGUGCUUGUUGACAACUACCUCAAGUACUUCCUCCCUACAGAGGGCAAUGUGCCUCCAUCGCCUUUCUCAGACACAAGGGGCACUGUAGCCUCUCCUGCUCCAAGGUCUUCCAAUGUGCCUUAUGUUGGAUAUGGUGGUCACAGCAGCAGUCUAUUGAAGCGUCAUAUAACCCAUCAGCCCUCAGUCAAUGCAGACCCUGCCGCUCAUGAGAUCUGGAGGUCAGAGACACUUCUGCAGGUGUUUGUGGAAAUGUGGCUCCAUCACUAUUCUCUGGAGAUGUACCAGAAGCUGCAGUCUCCUCAGGUGAAGCUGGCGUUGUUGCAGUACCACCUCAGUAUGUCCAGCGCUGUGCCAACCCCCACCCCACCAGGCUCUGGGACCCUCCACACAUACCAAGAGCCCUUCAUUCCUUCGGAAGAGCACGUCCUUGUUGUACGUCUCCUGAUUAAGCAUCUACAUGCCUUCUCCAGCAGCCUGAAGCAGGAGCCAAUCUCCACCUCACCCUCCGCCCACUCCCAUGGCAGUCCCCUGGAGGAGCUCAAACGUGUGGUGGUGCAGAGGUUUGUUCAGCAGAAGCUGUAUGUCUUCCUACAACACUGCUUCGGACACUGGCCUUUGGAUGCCUCUUUCAGAGCGGUAUUAGAGACAUGGCUUAGUUACAUUCAACCCUGGAGAUACACUGGAGAAAAAAACAAUCAACAUGCAGAUGGGCAGAACAAAACUGUUCCUGACAAAUGGGCAUCAUUUGUCCAGGAGAAUCUGCUUAUGUACACAAAGCUUUUCCAGGGUUUUUUGAAUCGAGCCAUGCGGACAGACUUGGUCAAUGCCAAAAAUGCCCUGAUGGUCUUUAGGGUAGCCAAAGUCUUUGUUCAACCAAACCUAGCAGAGAUGAUCCAGAAAGGAGAGCAGCUGUUCUUGGAGCCAGAGCAUGCUAUCCUGCAACGACAAAACCGUGUCUUUCUAACACCUUCACAUGGUGGCAGCUUCCUUUCUUCCCGCCAGCCGAUGGGAACAGACACCGUCUUCAAGGUCAAAAGUCAUGUGUACAGCCUGGAGGGGCAGGACUGCCAAUACAAGCUGAUGUUUGGCCCUGAUCUACGAAAUACCGUAUUAAAACUGAUCCAGAUUAUCGCCCAAGCCAGACAGACAGCUAAACGGAUAUCGGAUCACUCCACAGAGAUGGCUGCAAACAAUUCUUUUCUCUCGUGGUUUGGAGGUGGCUCCACAGAUCAUAACAACACAUUUACUGGAGGAGAGAUGGAUGAUAUGGGAGAGGUUGUAAAAAAAACUCACGAGUUCCUAGAUAAAGCCCUGGACUACCUCUGUCAAAUAUUCCGGUUGAAUACAGGACAGUUGUCUCAGCUGAUUGUUAAUGUGGCAUCAGAAGAAGAUAAUGGGGGGUUUAAACGACUUCCAGACUGCAUUCCAUGUGAAAAUGGCCUUGUGUUAACAGACCUGGGCAGGUUGCAGAUCAUCAAUGGUCUUCGCAGGUUUGAAAUUGAAUAUCAAGGAGAUCCAGAGCUUCAACCUAUAAGGAGCUAUGAAAAUGCUUUCAUGGUUCGACUGCUGUUCCAGAUAUCUUCUUUUAUCAAUGGAAGGUUGGGGGACCACAUGGAGGCACUGUGCUCUCGACAUGACAUUCUGGGCCGUGUAGGAAGGCACUAUUUGACCAGUUCCUCUGUUGUGGCUGAGCAACGGCGGAGGAGCCCAGUGACACGGCAGAUGAGAGGAGGUCCACAGCGAGCCCGGCUCAGCCUGCGAGUGCUGGCCAGCUAUCGCACCCUCCUCCUGCUCCUCCUACUCUACGUGCUGUUUGCACUACUCUCUUUUGGGGUUUUCUCCUGCACUGGGCUCAUUCUCAUUGUUAGCUUUCUAUAUGAGCUCCUGUUGAAUUUCCUCAGUGAAAAACUAAAAACUCAGUAGUUGACAUUGCCACAAUUUUGGUUUAUUUGCUCUCUUUUUUAAAAACAAAUGUCAACACAAAAAUCCCAAUGUCCUUUUAUUAAGAUGCUGAAUGGUUUGCUAUUUAAGUUUUUGCAUUGCAAGUGUGAUUUUGUGUUUUAAUGACAAAACAGAAUAGGAAAUUAAUUUAGGGGAAUAAAAGGAAUAUUCCGGAUUUAAUACAAGUUAAGCUCAAUCGACAGCAUUUGUGGCAUAAUAUUGAUUACCACAAAUAAAAAAAAUUAGACUUACCCCCUCCUUUUCUUAAAAGGAAAAAGUAUUGGUUACUGUGAGCCACCUACAAUGGAAGUGAAUAUAUAUUAUUAAUUGCAUUUUUCUGGAACUGACUGCUUUUCAUUAAACAGGCAUAAUGAAAGCCUCACGUGAAAUUAUUGGAUUUGCAUUAUUAUACAAACAUGGAUAUCUAUCAAAUCUCGAGAUAACGUCAAAUAGUUUGAGUGUGUUAAAUCAGUAGCGUCUGGUUUAGAGGAAGUAGUGCGGUUACCAUAACAACCUCUGCAGGGUUAAAAGUUGCUGCGUGAAGGUGUGCAGUCUUUGUAAACACUUACGCCCUGUAUGCACAGAAAGGCAGGUAAUAAACGAGAGCCUGACUAUCAUUUAUUUUGGCGGGAAGGGGGUUUUGCGCUAAACACAAAUUAUGGUAAUUUGCAGACUGUUUAAAUGAACACCAAAGCAUGACGUAUCGAACAUUUAGUUUUAAGUCUUUGACAGGAUCAUUUAUUUCCACAACGAAAUGGAUAAUCGAGUCGUCUCGCAGCAGAGGAAUAUUUCCUAUGAAAAGUAGCACGGAGAGACUGAAGAAGUUGCAUGAUGAAAUAGAGCGUUUAAAACAGGUAAAUAAAGGUAAUUGGAUAUAAAUUAUACUGUCCAUUUAUUUCCUGUUAUUUAGGUAUUGUAAUGUACAAUAAUUUUAAUUGGUGGGUCAUAAUUGUGCAUUAUCUAUUAAAUGUGUUUUUAUUUGAUUAAUUUCUUAUGAUUCAAGCUUUGUAUAUUCCACAACUAAUUAUAGUUCAUGUUUGUUUGUUUUUUCUGAAAACAUGUUAAGGUAAUUGAAAAUCAUACGGUUCCUAUGCUGCAAUUACAAUCUCUUCUUGCAUAUAUAAAUGCGUUAAUGAGGAUGUGGAGCCUGUUUACGGGUGUAUCGGAGGUGAUACUUUGGUUGCCCGGUGGCCGAGUGUUGCUGAAUUAGGAAAAUGAAAGACUGGCAUCGGUAUAACCUCUGUGGGUGGCAUAGUAUCAAAGUGACUAUGAAAAGGAGAUUUUUUUUUUUUUUUUUUUAAAUCAAGUUAAAAGCGUUUUUGGUAGCACCUUACAAGGUUCCAUUUGACAAUGAACAAUACUUUAACAGCAUGUAUUAAACUUGGUUAAUGUUGACAUUACUGCACUAUGAAAUAAUAAUGAACAAUUGUAUUUUUAUUUACUAAUAAAUGCUGUAAAAAGUAUAUUGCUCAUUGUUAGUUAAUGAUACCUAAUGUAGGCUAUUAACUAAUGUUAACGAAUGGAACUGUAAUGUAAAGUGUUAUUGUAUGUCUUAUGAUCGAAGUUUUCAGUAACCAAGUUCGGUUACCGAGUCCAAAAUAUAUAUACACUGAUCUGCCACAUCAUUAAAACCACCUGCUUAAGAAUAGCAUUCUGAGAUGCUGUUCUUCUCACCACAGUUGUACAGAGCGGUUAUCUGAGUUACUGUAGACUUUGUCAGUUUAAACCAGUCUGGCCAUUCUUCAUUGACCUCUCUCAUCACAAGGCAUUUCCAUCCACAGAACUGACUCUCACUGGACAUUUUUGUGUUUGUUUUUGGCACCAUUCUGAGUAAAUUCUAGAGACUGUUGUGAGUGAAAAUCACAGGAGAUCAGCAGUUACAGAAAUACUCAAACCAGCUCAUCUGGUACCAACAAUCAAGCCCCGGUCCAAAUCUGCAUGAUUUUAUCUGCUGCUACACCACUGACUGAUUAGAUAAUAUAUCUGUGUGUGCGAGUUCUAUUCUCUACAUAUUACCAAUAUCAUCAUAAUUGUGUAAUAGCUGUCAAAUGUUUUGUAAAUUCUAAUAUCUACAGUGAAUUCAUACAAUAAAUUUUUUGUUAACCAAGACAAUGGUUUCAUUGAAUUGUUUUACAUCUGUUGUACUAAAUUGUUAACAGUUUAAAUUUAGCUGAAAACCCACUAAAUUAUCAAAUAUGUAGUGGAAGAUAACUUUUUUAAAUUUAAAUUCCGUAUUUCAAUCAAUGCCAAAAACAGCAACAUCCCUCAUAUAGUGUGACAGUAUGCCCCAUCGUGUCACGAAUGGUCACCAUUUUAAAUUAACUGAAGCUUAUAUAUUUUUCUCUGCUCUUCAAUAGCUUAUUUUUUUUUAUUUUUUUUUGUAGUCGAGACUUCUAUGUAUCUAUUCAAUAAUUGAUCAAUCAAACCUGAGAAAUAGUCACUGGUGUACAAUGUCUAACAACUACCCCUAAUCUCCCCUUCCUAAGACAAAGAUAACAUUUUGACACGCAUCACAAGUUUAACAUCAUGAUCCUUUUUUUUUUUUUCUUCCUGAUAAUGUGUUUACAGAUUUGCAGUUCAAACUGAUCACAGAGCAUCCAAAAUCAAGCAGUAAAGGUUGAGUCAUAACUGUGUUCAGCCUCAUGUUUUCUUCAUCAAAACAAUAGGUAUAGUCUCAUCAUUUUAAGUGCAGUGAAACCACAUCAAAUUAUCCAGGGAUGUCCACAGCAGACAGGAUAGGUGUUCCUUUGGAAGCCAAAGCAGGGUUCCUCAUUUCUCUAC